AUGGCAGAGCUCGAGGGUCAACUGAAUGAACUCUUUGGCGGUUCAUUUCCUGAUGGAAUCCCCAAGGACGUGUUGGGCGAGCUUCUGUCCAUUCUACAGCUCCAUGCAAUCGAACCCCAGGAGCUCUUUUACAAAUGGGAGUCUUACUGUUUGAAGAUGGCUGGAGAGGAAACAGGGUUGAACCUGGACUCGGUUCGUUCCUUCAAGCGCAGCCUUCAGGAUGCCAUAGAGAGGGAAUCACGAGCGAAGACACAAAUGCGGGGCGCGGAGAAGAGAAGUAUAGGAGCAGCGACAUCUCGACCCGCAGCAGGGGGAAAUCAGGGAAUUUUUGACAUGCUAGAUGAUUUUGCUCCAAACACUCCUAAAAGAAACGCCAGUGGUCCCACUGGAAGUUCCAUAAAACGAAAGGCGUUCGACACGCCUACAAACUCAAGAUCUAAUAAAGGUGUGAAAUUAGACUCUCCAGGGAAUGUGAAAACUCCAUCGCGCCCAAUUGAUGGCGCUGCCAACGGAACCUCCUUAACCCCAUUCUCCGCACGCCAAAACAGUGGCCAGGUUAUAGAGACGCUUAAUCCUCACAUAAACAUGGCCUCCGCUCCACCUGCACCUUAUGCAGAUUCCCGCAUCAAACUGACUGCAAAUACCGACAUCAAAAAGUUCUCGUAUAGACCUAUGGCGAUGAAAUUAUCAGAAGCCUCAGAGAUCCUUGAUGACCGGAUAGACGAGUUUAUGAUGAUAGUUCAGAAACACCACAAACUCGAGGAUUCUGCUUUUGGCAAUGCCGCGCACCAAAGCACACGAGAGAUAAUUGCUGUGGGACGGAUAGCCUCAGACAGCCCAGAAGGGAAACUGAAUACUGCCUCAAUCGUCCUUGAAACUUCUAGAAGGACGGGGGCUGGCUUACGGGUACCACUGAAAAUUGAUUUACUCCCGCACAUAAACUUCUUCCCUGGUCAGAUUGUUGCGCUCAGGGGUAUAAAUGCUUCCGGGGAAUACUUCACCGUUUACGAAGUAUUGACUAUUCCACGGCUCCCAUUACCUAUUUCAUUACCAGCAGAAGUGAAGGCUACAAAUGAAAAGCUUGACAGCUUCGGUGACCAGCCUUUGAACUAUAUGUUUGCAGCCGGUCCUUAUACAACAGAUGACAACUUAGCAUUCGAACCUCUGAAUGCCCUCUGCGAGAAAGCUGCGGAGGAGUGUGCAGAUGCCCUUAUAUUAACAGGACCGUUUAUAGACCUGGAACAUCCUCUUAUCGCUUCAGGUGAUUUUGACCUACCGGAACUGAAGGGCUUAGACCCAGAUACUGCUACCCUCACCACCCUUUUUAAACACUGCAUCUCACGGCCGUUAACCCAACUUGCUUCAAAGGUACCUAACAUUUACAUAAUACUCAUUCCUUCAGUUCGAGACGCUGUCAGCAAGCACGUCUCAUGGCCACAGGAAAUUCUUCCGAAACGAGAACUAGGUCUACCUCCCAAACAGGCCAGAGUUGUCACAAAUCCUGUGGCUAUCUCAUUAAAUGAAGUCAUGGUGGGAUUAUGUGCUUCCGAUACUCUGUACGAGCUGAGACGAGAGGAGGUAGUGGGUGGUCGGCCAAGUGAGAGUGACCUGUUGAGCCGGCUACCUAGAUACCUAAUUGAGCAAAGGCAUUUCUCCCCGGUCUUCCCCCCAACAGCGCGGGAGAAUCUCCCGAAAUCUGGUGUCGAUGAAAGUCUACAAAUAGGGUCUAUGCUUGAUACCAGAUAUCUCAGGCUUGGGGAUUGGUGGAAAGCUAGACCUGAUAUUCUAAUAACCCCCAGUGUGCUGCCUGGGUUCAUAAAGGUUGUUGAAAGCGUACUGGUUAUUAAUCCGGGAAAGCUAUCCAAGCGUCGGGGGCCGGGAACUUAUGCUCAAAUUGCAGUUCACCCUAGAAAACUCACCGAGGAGGAGCGGGAGUCGAAAUUAGUGGGCCAUAAAGUAUAUGAGAGGGCAAGGGUGGAUAUAAUUCGCAUAUGA